GAAACGAGUUCGCUCCACGGCGCGAAGGCGCUUGCUUGUGUGAGCCGUUUUGCGCUGAAAAUGUGAUUUCAUUCGACUUGACGCACCGCGAAAUAUUAUUUCAGUGACUUGAAUUUCGUUUUUGUGACUGAAAUCUCUAUUUUGAAUGAAAUUCAACAGUUUGAUGAGUGUUUUGUGUACGAGAAGACUACGUGGUUAAUAAAUUACGGAUUUUUUCGCAACCGACUGCACAAUGCAAACAAUUUUGAAUUUUAAGUCUACAUCUAGUGUGUGUAAAUUAGUACUGUUAAAAAAAUGUUAACAGGUUGUCUAGUGCUUUCGCUUCUAGUUUUUCACACAUUCCCAACAGGGCUCUGCUCGAGCCUGCUAUGCGGGCGCACCAAAGAGGUAGAGGUGGGGAGCGGGGUCGGCGCGGGCGCAGCACUCGCGCUGGCGUUGGUCCGCCCCCCCUCUGCUGCGGGGAACACCCCCUGCCAGCUGAAGCUGACGGCCCCUGACGCUGCUGCCUUCGCUGUCAGGCUCAUUGAUGUUAAGGAGUCGCUGGCAGACUGGGAGCGCGGCUACGCAUCGCUGCAAGCACCAACUCCCAUAGCGGGUGCUCGCAAGUGGGGCGCACGCGCUGCGCACACGCAGGACACCGCGACUGACAAUACUGCGCCCGCCACCAACGCUACGGACGUUUGCAAACUGCUUGUGUACAUCGGCGACGCCAAGACUCCAAUAUGGUCGAUGUCGCUGUGUGGCGGGAACGCUGCUGCGAUCGCCGCGAGGACUGGCACCAAGCUGCUGCCGCCCAAGAUACGCGUGGUGUGGAACCCGCCCACCACGCCGUAUCAGCAUACAGAGAAACUACGGCUGGUGGUCACUGCUAUCAAUAGUGGCUCAGUCUGCAACAACGACUCCCAAUUUAUAUGCGGGGACACCAGCCUCUGCAUAUCCUCGUACCUCGUCUGCGACGGAGUGAGGCACUGUCCAGGCGGCGAGGAUGAGGACGCCAGCGCCUGUUCCCAUAGAAGGGACCCGCCACUCCUGGAACUGUUGAGAAGGUUUGCUGCGAGAAACCAGGAGCUGUUGGGACUGGACGAACCUGAUACUAUGACGAAGCCUUCGGUUAUAAGCGACUUGAAACUUUCAGUGAAGAUAUCGGAGGGCGAGCAGAAGUCCAACGCGUUUAUGGAAUUCGCGGCCGCGCUGAAGCCGUACGGACCCUGGAGCUACCUGGUGGUCGGCAUGCUGGUCUGCGCCACCAUACUUAUGUUCUGCCUCGCUUGGGAAUGCUGCUGCAAGCGCUCCAAGCCUUCUGACACGCCGUUGAACAUCCCUCCAUCGUGCAUUGACCUCUCACCAACUGUCACCGUGACAGCUGCCUCACAACAGAUGUUUACCUCGUCCCUUCCCUCCACUCCCCCCGAGUACGAACCUCCUCCUUCCUACUCCUCGCUGUUCCCGAGAGCCUUCAAGUCUUCCCCUACCCCGGUACCGCAUUGCUCUCACCAGGAGCCCCCGGAUUGAAUCUAAACACAAUAUUAGUUAGGUAGGAUAUUCCAAUUCAUGCUGCCCGCGAUAUGGUCUGCUGACAGAAUUGACCCCCAGUCCUUGGUGUUGCCAAUGUUAAAAAUAUUUUUUAUUAUUAUUAGUUCUUAAAAGUACAAUAGCUGUCUAUAUUAUCGCAUAAAUCCCAAAAAUAUGUGACUAUAAGCAGUGUUUCUUAUUUCCAUUGCCUUCAAUUAAACUUAAUUUCGCCUGAAUACCUAGUCUUCGGGUAAAUAAAUAAAUAAAAGUAUAAUUUUCAUGUCAAAGAAGUUCAAAGCUGUAAUUUUAAAGGACUGGGGUAUUUUAGUUUCUUUAUAUUCAAAUAAAUGGGUGGUUCUGUUGUCAAUGCUAUGGUUGCGAUUGUAAGUUUACAUUUAACUGUUUAUAUCAUUAUUUUAAUGUGAGAUUGCCAUGUAUGAAAGUUAAUCUGAAACGUAACUGUUUGUCUGUAAUAUGUUAAAAAGCCAUAAUAUUGUAUUUUUCAGCCAGAGGAAAGAUAUUUUUAGAAAACUAUAUUUUAUCACGGAUUUAACUGCGUAAAAUGACUACGAUUUUUAGGUGUUUGACAAAAAUAAUAGGUACUAAUUUACUUCCAAAUACUCAGUCUCCAGCGGUCUCUUGUAGUAUCACAGUAUAAGUUCACCUCUUUUAAAUUCUUGAGUUUUAAAUAAAGAUUAUAACAAAGAACUCCAAUAAUAUUUAUUUAAUCGCAAAUAAAUUAAAAGAAACAGUGUCCUUGCUAAAUUAUUUAAAUUGACUUUAAUUUUAAUUAAAUGCAUGGACAAAAACUUACUUCGAUGAUAUUGACUUUUAGGACAAAAAAUCGGUUGAUUUUUAUUUUCUAUUACGACUUGAAAGGGGUUUACAGUACAGAUUUGAGACUACGCAACAUUGUGUCACCUUAGUAGGUACCUACCUAGUUUAUAAAUGCGAUUUAAUGUUUAUCUACCUUACAUACCUUUCUGCUGUGUUGCUGGCUUGGACGAAUUAACAAGGCUGCUGGCUGUCACAUUCUUGUAAACCUUUUUAAGACAACUUAAUAAUUUGUUAUUUAAUCAGAGUUAACAGUAUAGUCAAAUGGAAUUUCUAUUCCUAACAUUUUAAUGUGGAAUCAAUAUUAUUGUAAAGUAUCUAAAAUACGAAAAUGUCUGUCUAGUAUGAAAAAUUAUACAGUUUUAUAAAACGUCUACGUGUUUAAUAAGGUAGAUCUGUAGUCUGUACUAAUCAACCAUACAAUGUUCAUAAGUACAAUACGACGCCAUAUUUUAACUGAAAUGUAGAAGACACAGUUUUAGUUGUGUCAAGUAUGUAUUAUGAAAACAUACCUUUGUAGUUUGUAGUAGGUACCUAACUAGUUACAUCUUACUGGUUUAUAACAAUUCUGAUAGUAGGUAAACUAAAGUAGGUAUAUUAUAAAUUUUUCGAGGAAGUUUUUCUAAGUUUUGUGCAGUACCUACCUACCUAGACUUGACUUUGAAAAACUGUUAUAAAAUCGGUGUCGUAAACGUGUAUCUUACGAUCGAAUGUUUUCUUUUGAUUUGUUCUGUUGGAUAUCUAUACCUAUUUCUAAUUCUUCUAAUAAUUUAUGCAGACAACUGUCCUAUUGUAUUGUUAUGACUGCUAUUUUUUUUAGUGACCUUACAGUACUACCUAAGCAACCUAAAGUCAGUACCUAGUAUUUUUCACAAGAACUGUACUCCAUGUUACUCUAUCUAUUGAAUAACAAACUAUCGAAGUAUUUCUUUUGUGUCGUUGAACGAGAUCUUGGUAUAAAUGAUUUGACUAGUCUUAAAUAGGAUCUGUUGUAGGUAUUUUUUAAUUUUAAGAUAUUAGAUAAUAAAUAAAACAUUGUAAGUUUGUGAAAUAUAUGAAUUCCAUGAAAUACCUAUUAACACGAACGUGAUAUGUAUUAUAGGGAAUAAUAAUGAUUACAAAAAAUAAAUAACUAAGUAUUUAUUUUAAAAA